CUGCUAAGUGACAGAAGGAGAGUGUAAGCCUGAAGGCAGUGUGUAUGGGCUUGUCUGUAGCCAACCAGCUCUGAAUAGGUGUGCGCUGUGCUGUACCCUGGAGGAAACAGAACAGGAGGAACUGAUCUCAGGAAAGGACUGAAAGGAAGAAGAUGAAAUUAUCCCAGAGUGCAAUCAGACUCUGAACUAUUAAAAAACUCAGAAAGUGUUUUGCUGUACCCCAAACCUGUCCAUACAGCAGCUUGUUCUGGGACCAAUUUCCUUUGGAGUAGUGCUUAUUUGAUUUCACAUAUCCUUAUCCUCUCCGCCUGUACCUUACUAAAAAAGCCUAAGGGAAACAGCUUUAUUCUAUUGCUGCGAGUAAUAUAAUAAAUAGAACAGCAACGCUUCCCCUUUCAGUGGAAAAAAUUAUGCUAUAAUUGCGGUGACUGCUUGUUUUUUGUCUAAACAAUACACAUUGGUCAGCGCGAAAGGAACUCAUUUUUAAUAGAAAAGAGAGCCUGCUGAUUAUGAGAGGUGGUCUGAUGAAGAGCUGGUGUGAACAAUUGGAUCAGGAUAUUUACUGAAGAAGGCAUGAUGCUUAAAGCAGAUCUGUCAUCUUUAAACACAUUAGGUGGUCCAUUGGUGGUACGUACUGAUUCUCAAUCCUUAAUGGAAUCUGAGCCGAAUGAAAUGAAUGAAUACGAAUCUUGGGAAAGAACCAAUGAAAAUUCAGAUCUUAAUGAUGAGGAUGAUGUUUUUAAAAAUCGUCAGGAAAGUGACUAUAACCAAACAACCAAUUGGGAAUUCAAUGACCAAGAACCAGUGGAAAUUAAAAGUGAGGUGCCAAGCUUGACUACUGACAGAGUCACAUCAAAUUCACCUGUGCCUAUAUCCUCCAAUGCAGUUACAGCUGAAUCUGUCAAGACAUUGUUAGAGAUUGUCCCCAUUGCUAAGAAGCCUGAAGAAGUACACAAGUCAUCCUGGAAGGCCGCGUCAUCCCCCAAGCUAAAAUUCACCUUUCAACAGCCGAAGAAGUCAUAUAUUUCACGAAGUGUCAGCCUCACCGAAAAGGAGCUGAAGGAAGCGCAGUCCAUUAGUGAUAAUUAUGCUUUCCAACUGAGCCCCACACAAAGUAACUGUUCAAAAGGAGCACUUUUGUUUCAUCGCCGCCGGCAGAAACUAAAUGCCCUUGAACAAAGGCAACAUGAACUUAUAGAACAGAGAGGGAGCAAGGUUAAUCAAGAGACACAACAUCAUCAAGGAAUACAAGGUAACCAAGUCAAACAUGAAGUGAGAGUUUUAAAUUCUGUGUCAACAGAAAGUCAACGUGGUUCUGGUCGACUUCAAGUUGGGAAAAAAAUGGAAGAAACAUCAUCUGACACAGGGUAUGCAGAAGAAACAGGAAAUAGGUGGGCAGAUGACUUCAAAGAACAAGAACCAGAUUUCCCACCAAUAGAUAAUAGAGCCCCCUCCCCAGGUGCUUCAGAAGAAGAUACUCAAAUUUCAAUGUGUGCAAAUCUUAAGGAAAACUUGACAGUGUCAGAUACUAAUGGUUUGGUCAAUUAUAUUGUUGAAGAGACUAAAUCCCCUGUCAAAAGUGAGCACAAUGGUCAACACAGACAGUGCUCUGAGGUACACCUGACUCUGUCCAAACCUAUCAAUGUGACUAACAGAACCGCUAGGCCUUUUGGAUGUAAGCAGUCUUCUAAGGAGGAGCAGCCUUUACCAGAUAAAACUCCUGUGAUAGAUCUUCCUCCACCACCAACUUAUGCUGAAACAUUGUCAAGUCCGCCACCAGUAACACGUGUUCGAUCACCACCAGCAUAUUCUGCUUUAUAUCCAAUACAGACCGAGUAUUUAAACCCUGUUAAUCAGGUUGUAACCUAUGAAGAAGGUAGGGUGACUCCCCAGUCAAAGUCCGGAAUCUUAGAGUCACUUGCAGCCCAUCGAGGACCUAGGAAAUCAAUGUUCACAUUCAUUGAAAAACCAAAGAUGGCACCAAAUCCUGACCUUUUGUCUAUGAUACAGACAGCAGAUGAAAGACGGUCAAAGCCCAAUAAGCAUGUAGAAACACAUGCUGAGGAUGAACCCUUUGCACUUGGGACAGAAGCUUCCAGUUUCCAAAACAAUAAAGAGAAUAGAGCAGCAGAUGAUUUUGGACCUGCUGAAAAAGGGCCUGAUUGGUUAACCUGUCUGAAGUCUCCAGGGGUCACAGCAAAGCCGCCUCCUGUACCAAUCCAAGGUCUGACAGAAGCAACAGGGAAAGGUGCAGAUUUAUUUGCUAGGAGGCAGUCCCGGAUGGAAAGGUUUGUUGUUGAAUCCCCAUCACCUUUUGACUCUGCCAGGUCACCUUCUCCUGCCAUGUCCCUGCCACCUUCCUGGAAGUAUGUCUCAAAUGCUCAUACACCAUCCUCAUCAUUCAAUCAUUUAGCCAAAGUCAAUCAAAGAUCACCCAAACCUGCAAUAGCAGUUGCAGUAUCUAAUACUGCCUCAGAGACUAUGCAGUCACAAAAAGAACUAGAGCUUUCCAAACGGCAGCCCUACCAACUUCAGUCUUCGCUGUUUAUACUCUCUCCAACCAAAGACCCUAUGAGCUGUCUUCCAAGAGCAGCCCCACCACCCAAACCCAUGGUGGAAUUUUAUCGUUCAGCAAGGCAAACAUCCUGUCCAACUUCUCCACUAGUUCCUUCUCCUACAAUGUAUUCACCAUCUUACUUUAAUUCAAUCCGACCCCCUUCUGCUGUGUCUCCUUCUCCAGCCAGUGAUACCCCCAAUAAUUUUGGAAGACAGACACCAAUCAAUCAUGUUUCUCCAAUAUCCCCAGUUCCUUUCUCAAGCACUGGAGUAACAUCUCCACGAACCAAAACUGUGUUACAAGCACCUCGCCCAACAUUCUCUGCCACAAGUGCCGGUCUGGAAUCUCAGAGAUCAAAAGAAUUUGGAACUGGAUCUCCAAUUUCAAGAGCUGUGCAACACCGCGGGUCAUUGGAUGCAUGGAGAAGCUCUCCUCUGUCACUCCUACCAGGCUAUGAAGAAGGUUCCAGGAGUAAAAUGCACCCUCCUCGUUCCAUGUCCCCUUCAUGGAGUGAACGUUCUCCUUCUCCGUUCAUAGGGGAGAGGGAGACUGGGAAGCAAAUGAAAGCUCUUAUUGCUCGGAACAUCAUCAAUGCAGCCAGGAGGAAAAGUGCAUCCUCUGUUGGUGCUUUAAGUCCCCAGUCUCCUGUUCCAAACAAUGGAAUGUGGAGUCCAAAAUUUGGCAAUGGCACCUCUCUUCCUGAUACACCUAGAUCUAGACACUCUCCGACGGGCUCUGAAAUCUCUCUGGAUUCAGAAGAUUCUGGGACAAAAUCACCUGGGUUCCGGGUCUAUCCAUUGAGUCCAAGGGGAUGGUAUGGAAGUUUGAAACAAAAGAGGGCUAGCUUGCCCAACAAUUCACCAUUCACGUACACGUCAUAGCCUAGCAUCAACAUUCAAACUUUAAGACAAUGAGUCCAUGAAUAUUGUCAAAAAUCUCAGUGGUUACCCCUUCACACCAGAAAACUAUGCACAAUUUAAUCAACACUUCUUUUUAAAAUAAAAGCUUGGAUAUUAUUACCAAUACAAUUAUUGAGGCUCCAUUAAUUGAGGGCCAACUAAGUAAUCGUUUUCUUCAGACAUUGUAAAUAAUGGAGAACGGAUGGGCGUCUCUCAAAGCCACAGGCCCGGACUGAGAAUUAAAAAAGGACCUGGCAUUUCAGGUACACAGAGGCCCAAUCAGCCCACAAAGAGGCCCAAACAGCCCCCACCAGCCC